AUGGGAGAACCUUCACCUAGUCGGCGUCGAUCAAUCACCUCAGGAAUACCAUGCCCGUCACCAACGAAACAAGUCCUACCGCCACCGCCACCAGAAGAAUUGCACAAUAUUCUACGAAAACGGCCACGGAGCAGCGCCAUUCCGACGACGAGCCAGACUCAUGUGAGAGCUCCACGUAAGGAGACGGAUGUUGUCGAUCGGAUUUGGCACGAUAUUGACGAGGAGCAACGAGAAAAGCUGGCUCGGCGGAAGGAAGAAGCCGCCAAGAGAAAAGAGCAACAGCCGGCUCAACACAUCAGGGACUAUUUGCCAUUGACUGCGACAAAUUUGAGGAAUUUCCGGAAUGAAGACUCGACGAUCAGUGAUUUUAUACAUCGGCAGGGGAUGGUUGACAAGCUGCUCGGCUACAAAAUGCUGCUGGGAAAAAUGGAGAACUGCGGGACGCUGGGCUACGAGAAAAUGAGCGAAGACGAGGUUCAGCAGCUCUCCAGGGAAUGGCUCAAAAACUUUUUCCCUUCAGAGCAAGCCCACGUCGGCCCACGUACCCCACCGAGCCCCGCCGUCGAUUCUGAUGGUGGUAGUUAUCCGAAACGGCCUCGUCGAGGCCCGAAAACUCCUCCCGGAUCUCCUGGGCCUUCGAUGGAUCAGGCGGCCGUGAAUCGACGGGAGCUCAUCGAGCAACUUGCGAGAAAUUUUGGAAUUAGUUCGUAUAAAGUGGAGGAGACACUUGGCACUGGGUUGGACAAGGCGCUUGAGGAUUGCUCGAAAAAGUUGAAGAAUGAGCUGAUGGAGACGUUUAAGGAUCAGCUGUUGAGCCAGAUUGAUCGGAAAACUAAAAUUCGGGACGAUUUAUCGGAUCAAAUGGAGCUGGUCUCGGAUUGCUCACUAUCACCAGAUUUGAUAAAAAAGGAAGAACCAGACGUUGUGUAUCAUAUGGCAGUACCACCACCACCUAUACCUCCACCAAUUCAGCCACCUCCUUAUUCUUACUACCCAGUAGCUCCAGCUGCUGCUCCACAAGUCUACCAUUAUGCUCCACCACCGCCACCACCGCCCCCGCAUCCCCAGCAGGGGUUAUAUCAGCAGAAUAUGAUGGCCUAUCCCCCACCUAUGCAACAUUUCAAUGCUCCACCGCCCCCAAUGGCUCCGUAUCAGCACCAGGCUCCUCCAUCAAUCGUCCUUCCACCGGUGAACGUUCCACCUCCACCGAUUGGCGUCCGAAUUGAUACUCCAAUUCCUACUGCAGUGCUGCCGAUUCCAACGAUGGUUCCACCACCUCCACUGCCACCACCACAAGCUCCAUUCUCUGGAGAUUGCUGGCGAGCACAGCCAGCGGCUCCGGUUCCGGCCUCCGUGCCAGUCAGUUCGGCACCACCACCAUCAGUGGUUGUUAAUGUACAAAGUACUCUAUUCUCUGCUCUCGGGCUUCAUCACAAGCCUCCACCUCCUCCUCCUCCACCUCCUCCUCCGACAACUUCUUCUACUACUACAUCUCACAUUCCACCACCACCUCCUCCUCCGCUUCCGUUCUCUUCGGCUCCGCCACCACCGCCACCGCUUCCGAUGGUCGCUGCUGGUCCGUCUCCGCCGAGCUUUGUUCCUCCUCCUCCGCCUCCGAAUCCGAAUCAGAAUCCGUCUAUCGUUUUGUCACCAUCGGCGGUAACCGGAGGCGGCGGCUACCGGCAUCGUGUCAAUCAGUUUCCGCCGCAGCAGCAGCAGUCGUUCUCGAACUUUUGA